AAUUAAUUCCAAAAAAAUCAAUUACUAAAAACCAAUUUUAAUUUUAGGGACAAUUAUUUAAAAAAACAUCGACAACCACGUCAGGGAGCAAUAAAGCAACCUAAUUUACGAGUUUACAUGGUUAAUUUUUUAAACAUUUUAUCAUCACUUCAUAGUAAAACCCUAAAUCCACCUUUACUUUACCCAAUUUAAUUAAAUCAGCCACUAGUUCCCCUUCCCCGGCGGCGACAAAGCUGAUACGACAUUUUUUCACUUCCAACAAGGGUUACAGAAAACGAUGUCACUUUGGCGAUUUGAAUUCAAACUUGAUACUCCUCGGAAGCUUGAAUAUGUGCGGAUUCCAAGUCGUAUGACAAAGGAGGUGCAAGAAUUAUGGGUGAAGAGAGGUGUCACAGAUGGGGUUUUACGUCUCCAUCGCGGUACUGAGAACAAACAGUAUCCUACCCGAUUUAGACAUGUUUUUACGGGUCCAGGGAAGUUCAAAACCUAUUUAGGUGAAGGAUGGGGGGAGUUUGUAUCCUCAAACAGUAUACAAAUGGAAGACCGCAUCCAGUUAUUGCUAGAGGACGACGAUUUAAUGCUUUAUCAGGUUAGGAUUUGGCGUGCUGAUAAAGAAAUUACAAUAGUGGACCCCCAUGUACUCAUAGAGAAUGAUGGUUCAAUAAGUGACGUGGACUCGAUGGAGUAUGUGCCAAGUGAGAUUUUAUUUAAAAUACCCACAUUCGAGUUCACAUUCUCCAAGGGUUACUUUGACAAACCUGGAAUCAACAUUCCAGUAGUUUUCGCCCGUGCACAUUUCCAUGGUCUUAAAGACGGAACUCCAGUUGAAAUGUAUGUCAAUAAGUGGUGGAAAGGAGUAAUGCGCAUCAAGUUUGACACAAACAACAAGAUUUUAACCUGCACGGUAAAAAAAAGGAGUACCAUAAAUGAUGGCGGGUGAAGGGGUUGAACUUGGUGAAAAGAUUUCGGUUAACUUGGAAGGUAUGGAACCCCCAGUUUUACACAUCACAUUCACCUGACGUUUUCAAGUAAACAAGAUGGUUUAUUUAUGUAAUAUUUGGAUAUAACUUAAUCUAUUAUCUAGAUCAUCCCUCAAUGGAUCAUGGUUCAUAUUAGGACAUGGUCCUUUGCAGUUGUCAUAUGUGUCUUAUACUGUUGUUAAUGCUAGUUUCUGUUUUAUGGGGAUUGAGAAUUUGUGAUAGUAUUCUUUAUGAAGCUUUAAGCUUCCAUAAGACAAAUUUCACACA